AUCCUGACAUCAGCUGUCGUUCGUUGACAGUUGAAGAAAUUCAGUAUUUUUUUAGAGAUCCUAAGGGUGCGCUAAAUUUGAAUUAAGAAUGGCCCAAUUACCUGUUUUGGGACUAGUCUCCCAUACCAGGAAGGUGCAGAACUUAUACAAGAGAUCCCUGCGUCACCUGGAGAACUGGUACGACAGAAGAGAGGUCUUCAGAUACCAUGCUGUGCUUAUGAGGAAGAAGUUCGAUGAUAAUCGCGAAAUCAAAGAUAUGCGUAUCGUGAAAGAUCUUAUGAAUAAAGCGGAAGACGAACUUUUCCAGAAGGCUCAUUGGCACCCAAGGAAAUUCCCGGAAUCGCCCGGAGGUGUUGCCUACGCAAGAGAAGUCAUCCCACCAGAUUGGGUCCUCGACUAUUGGCAUCCAUUGGAGAAAGCCCAAUACAAAGAUUACUUCGCAAGGAGGGAACAACGCAAGAUUGAAUUCAUCAGGGAGUGGGACAAGAAGUACGGAAAGACUUCGCCGGUCCCCGGAGAACAUUAAACUGUUUAUAGACAAAUAGAAAAUAAACACAUGUACAUUAGUUAA